AUGGCGUGGUACAAGGGUGGUACAAGCACUCACCUCAGGACACUAGCCAACAUGCCUUGUCGACCGGCGAUAUCCUCACAUUCUUUAGGUCGAGCAUGGGUCCACGACAUGCCCAGCAAGCUCGACCAGGCUUUGAAGUAUGGUUUCGACAUUGAGCUGUUCUACGAGGACCUUAUCUACGUCGCGAAAGCUAUGCCGGAUGGACCCACACCCCAGAACCUGUUGGCCGCAGCACAAAUCAUACGGUCAUUAUGCGAUGAGCGAGACAUUGCUAUUGUCUGCCUGCAGCCAUUCAUGCACUACGAAGGCCUCCGAGAUAGGCGAAAGCACGCUGAACGGAUAGAUGAGCUCCAACUGUGGAUCAGGGUGGCGAAAGUGCUCAAUACUAAGAUCAUCUCCAUCCCGUCAACUUUCCUUUCCUCAUCCAGGGCGAGCGGCGACAUCGAUCUCAUCGUAGCAGAUCUGCGAGAAGCUGCCGACCUAGGCGCAGCGGACGACAUCCAAUUCGCAUACGAGAGUCUUGCUUGGGGUACAUACGCCGACACCUGGGAGCAAAGCUGGGAAAUUGUACAGCUAGUCGAUCGCCCAAAUUUCGGUAUCUGUCUGGACACUUUCAACAUGGCCGGGAGGAUGUACGCCGAUCCAGCCUCGGACACACGAAGAACGCCGAACGCUGCCGCGGAGACAAAGGCAUCCAUAGAACGACUAGUCAAGAUCAUCGACCCCAAGAAGAUCGUCUAUGUCCAAGUCGUGGACGCAGAGUACCUUGCAGAACCUCUCACAGAGGGCCAUGAAUACUAUGUCGAAGGCCAACCAGUUCGUAUGAGUUGGUCGAGGAAUUGCAGGCUUUUCUAUGGCGAACAGGAUCGUGGAGCAUAUCUACCCGUCAAGGCUAUACUGAAAGCUAUCCUGACUGAUCUCAAGUGGGAAGGUUGGGUCAGCGCUGAGCUGUUCAACACGAGCCUGACUAGUGCUUCGCCGAGUGUGCCUGCAGAACAUGCUGAAAGAGCGGCUGUUGCGUGGGAGAAGAUGGUGCGAGACUUUGAUCUACAAAGCGACUUGGUUCGUGUCAGGAGUAAAGGUCUUGACCUGCCACGAGCGCAGCUAUAA